CUUCCUCCCUCUGCUUCAUCAAGGUACUAACUCUUACUACAUAGCCUUCCUCCCUCUGCUUCAUCACGGUACUAACUCUUACUACAUAGCCUUCCUCCCUCUGCUUCGUCAAGAGUACCCAGUACUAUGACAUGCGCUGGUCCUGUGAGCACCUGAUCAUGGUGUGGAUCAAUGCGUUUGUGAUGCUGAUGAGCCAGCUGUUACCUCCCAGCUACUGUGACCUGCUGCACCGCUCGGCAGCCCACCUGGGGCGCUGGCAGAAGCUGGAGCACGGAUUCUACAGCAACGCGCCACAGCACGUGUGGUGUGAGAGUACGGUCUGGCCCCAGGGGGUGUUAGUACGCCACAGUCGUAGCCUGUACAAGGCUGUAGGACCCUACAACGUGGCCCUGCCCUCAGACGUCUCCCACGCUAGGGUGAGUCACUUUCCUUUCCACAAGCCGUUGCGGAUCCUGAACCUGUUAACUGUUGAGUCUAGCGUCGUCCUGUACCAGCUGUACUCCCUGCUCCGCUCUGAAAGUUGGAACCACACCCUGUCCCUGGGCCUCAUCCUGUUCUGUAACUACUACGUCCUCAAGCUGCUCCGGGACCGCAUCGUGCUGGGCAAGGCCUACUCCUACCCUGUUACCUCCAGUACAGGGUCCAGCACUACCAACAGCACCGCCACCAACGGCCUGGGGCUCAAGUCCCAGUGACACCCCAGGAGAGGGUUCUGGAGCUGGGGACGUGGGUUCGGAUACCCCUAGCCUCCCUCCCUGGCUGUACGGAGGGAUGGGUGGAAGGGGUGGAGGUGAGAGAGGGGGUCGGGUGUGCAGCAGUGGGUGGGAGGGACUGACUGUGAACUCAUAUUGUUUUGAUACGGUUCUAUUUUUCAUGCAAUGGUAUACCUAUUUAAAUAAUAUUUUAUUUUGUAUACUGUUUCAAAAGUAACGGCAUUACGUAGUAUUGUCAUGUGAUGUUGUUGCCUCAUGGGGCAAAGCGAUUGGAUGGGAGAGAGUGAGUUGUGUUCUUGAUCCAUGAGGCCCCGCCCACGUACUGUGUGCUAAGCCCUCCUCCUAUGCUCACCGCGUUCCGACUUCCACCAAAGAUGCUUAAAGAAAACUUCAGAGCCAAUCAGAGGGAUAGACCAUGGUUCCGGCGGCCAAUCAAGGAAGAGACUUUGGCUCGGUUGCCAAUCAAGGAAGCGACUGAGGAGACCCCGCCUCUCCCUGCACACUGCCUCUUUAGAGAACGUAUUCAUCCCUUUACGGUGUUUUAUUAGGAUCGUUUCGUAGCAAGACUGUCUGCAGUUUGUCCAUGAGCGCUGACUCUGGUGCCUGUAGAACAUAUCCACGUCCCAAAUGGCACCCUAUUCCCUACAAGUGCACAGCUUUUGACCAGAGCCUUAUUAGCCAAGGUUAAAAGUAGUGCACUAAAUAGGGAAUAGGGUAUAAUUUGGGACAGGCUCAAUGUUUUCUUUGCAGUGUCAUGUUCAUUCAGGUCAUUAAUUUACCACAAAUAGCCGCUCUUCAUUUCAUUGCCUGAGAAGCGAAAAACAUAGAUAUAGUCUGAAUAGAAUGGACACCACCACCGCAACAGAUUGCAGGGCGUUUUUCUAGAUGGGACACAAACCGCAUUGAAUGUGCAGACAUAUGUAUGUGCUUUACUUUCCAGUGUGUGCUUGAAAUCAAAUGACAAAUUACACUUGAUAUCUUCAAUGCUACAAGUUGUGCUCAGCUGCUAGCAGUGUUAUUUUAAACAGCUUGCCUUGUUGCGAGUCCCAGGUGAUGAUGUGGGAUGAGUUCUAGUGCCAUAAUUGUCCGUUCAUCCAUUCUAUUUUGUUCCUUUUCUAUGAGCAGCUGAUCUAGAAUGAUUCAUGUUUUUAUCAACGUGCCAAAAUCCCAGGUUGCCUGUAUGAUCAUGUUUGUUUCAAAGGGCGCGUUCCACCUUGUCUUUUAAUGCAGUCCUGUUGUAGGCCCCUCAGCAGAUUGCUAUAUCAAAUGAAUGAUGAAUGUGGUACCUGAGAUGUUGUGAGAUCUGAUAUGUGCAGGAUGACUGCAAUAAAGAUGACCUGGAACGUUAGCUGUGUGUUGUAUUUUCAGUGGGUGAGGUGGAAGAUGGAGGGAGACAUGCUGUCCUAUGGCUCACAGUGUUUGAUUUUCGAUGAGCAUUUUUUAUGCCGUUGAAAUAAAAAAAAAAAAAAAAAAACGCUGUUAAACUGA